UUCCCGCUGUUUCCGGCCAUGGCUGAGGAGCUGCUGACUCUGCGCGAGAGGCUCUUGUUCCAGGCCACCUGCUCGAUAUGUCUGGAAUUGUUCAGGGAGCCCGUGCUCACGGCGUGCGGACACAGCUUCUGCGGGCAGUGCCUGGCGCGCGUGCUGGGGGACCCCCCGCGCCGCUCCCCCUGCCCGCAGUGCCGCGCCCCGGUGGAGCCGGGCUCGCUGCGCCCCAUUCGCUCCCUGGGCGACGUGGCGAAGGUGGUCCGGUCCCUGGAUGAGGUGGAAUCGGGGCCGCGGUGCCCCCAGCACGGCAAGCCCCUGGCGCUGUUCUGCGAGCGCUGCGCCGCCCUGGUCUGCGCAUUCUGCCGGGACGGGCCCGAGCACCGCCAGCACCGUGUCCGCCCCGCCGAAGAGGCCGCCCGGGAGCUGCGGGAGACACUCCAGAGCAACCUGCUUUUUCUACAAAAUCAGAAGGAAAAAUUGAAGCACAGAGGAGACCAGAAAUGUAAAGACAUGCAGAAGGCGGUGAAGUCGGAGUUACAGCGUGUGCCCGAGACCUUUGAGGAGCUGCAGCAGUGGAUGGAGGAGCAGAAGAAGACCCUGCAGACCGAGCUGGAGCAGAUGUCCCAGGAGCUGGUCAAUAAGAUCGAGGAAUACAAGUGCAGGGUUUUGGAGAGGCAGUCACUGCUGGACUCGGUGAUUGCGGAGAUCCAGGAGAAGCGGGACCAGCCGGCAGUUGAGUUCCUCAAGGAUGUUGGCAGAAUCCUGAGCAGCUGUGAGGCAGCCAAGGCUCCAAUCCCAGAGCCAGUUUCCCCAGAGCUGCAGAGGAGCAUUGAGAGCCUCUCUGAGAAGUGCCAGCAGGUCGUGGACAUUGUGGAUACAUUCAGAGUGAACCUGAGGAGUGUGAUAGACUGGGACAUAAGGGAGCAGGUGACGCUGGACCCACAGACGGCGCAUCCUCUCCUGAUCCUCUCGCGGGACCGCAAAAGGGUCUGGUUCAAAAGUGAAGAACAAAACCUCCCUGACACCCCGAAGAGGUUCACAAUCAGCUGCAGUGUCCUGGGCACCAAGGGGUUCACGUCUGGGAGGCAUUACUGGGAGGUGGUGGUCGGCAAAGGGGUUUGCUGGGCCGUGGGGGUGGCUCUGGAGUCUGUGCCGAGGAAGGAGCCGCUCAACCUGCACAGAUCUGAGAAGGUCUGGCGGCUGCGAUUGGACGAGGACGGCCAAUACAGGGCAGUCUCCAUGACCCCUGAGGUGCUGGCACUCCGGGAAAUACUCCUGAGAAUCAGGGUCUGCCUGGAUUAUGAAGCAGGCCGAGUGACCUUCUACAAUGCAAAGGACAUGACACAGAUCGUGCAGUUGGAGGCCACCUUCAAUGAGAAAGUCUUCCCAUAUUUUUGGGUCUAUUCAAAAAAAACCCAGAUCUGGCUCUGUGACUGACAGGGUGGGAUGGCUGCCGGGACCCUGCCCGUGCCCUUGGCCAGCUGAGCAGGGAGGAGCUGUGGGAAUGACACGGCUUCACACUGCAGCCUCACUGCAGCUCUGCCUGGGCUGCAUCCUCUCUGCAAUUUUCUGCAUCUCCUCCCGCUAAGUCCUUUGGAGCAUUAAAGAAGUGCUGUCCUGCC